CGUUUCUCAGUAUGCGCUGAAGGCACGUGACCCCACUACCUUGGCUGUUCUGGUUUGCCGGCUUGGUGGUCUGCCUCCAGUUGUGCCGACAGACCUAACAAGCACAGUGAAGAUGUUGGUCAAACUGGUAUUUCCAUCUCGACGCUCCCUGGAGAACAAAGAAGUAUGCCGCUUGAUUCUGAAGGAUCGGUCAAAGUUUGCCACUUUGGAGAAACUACUGAGCAAAAUUCGUGAAUUGACAUCACUGAAGAAAACUGUGGUUCUGAAACUAUACCGCAAAACAACGGAAGGGUUCGUGGAGCUGCAAUCUGAUGAAGACGUUGCCGGUGCUUUCAAAAAACAGCCAGGGGAGAGGUGCAUCCGCAUCUACGUUGUUCCCUGUCCGAGAAUGAAUGUCAAGCCGCUGAAUUACUUCUUUGGUUACUGUACAGCAAGCGAACUACCUGACAUUUUGGUGACAAGCAACGAGGGUACGGUCGCAGCUGUGAGCGAUCCAUGGUUAACCGUUCCUUGCAAUCUAUGUGCACGUGAAGACUGGACGGGGGAAAGAUUUACUUGUCUUUAUUGCCCCAGUAUUGUACUGUGUCCACAGUGCUUCUACACUGGUUAUCACUCAGAACACCCAAUACUCAUAACAAAAAACCUGAAACCGUUCUCUCGCAAGCUACUCCAACUGUCAAAAGUCGCGGCUGCAACUGUACCUUGGGAAAGUGUUAUUCGUCCGGUGGUAAAAAUACAGUCGAAGCCUACCAACUAGUGAUCAUUCAACACAAUUGGCUACAAUUUGAACUACCCAUAACUUGUAAUCACAAAAACUAUUGAAUUUAAUGAAAUUUUAAAUUUCAUUUCACC